CAGUCACCGGCUCCAUUUUCAUCCAAGCGAAAGAGCUCUCAUCAUAGCUGCGAUAGAACCUCAUCAAUGGUGGUUUUAGACUUCAACACUGAUAUUUCACUGUUUUCUGUCUGAGAAUUUGGUUUCCUCCGCCGUUAACAUGCGGUCAAAAGACAAAAUUUCCUACUUCUACGAUGGGGAUGUUGGUAAUGUUUAUUUUGGACCGAACCAUCCAAUGAAGCCGCAUCGGUUAUGUAUGACUCAUCAUCUGGUGCUUUCGUAUGAACUUCACAAGAAGAUGGAAAUUUAUAGGCCUCAUAAGGCAUAUCCAGUGGAGCUAGCUCAGUUUCACUCGGCCGAUUAUGUGGAGUUUUUGCAGCGGAUAAACCCAGAUACCCAACAUUUGUUUCCAGAGGAAAUGGCAAAGUGUAAGAAAUUUGUUUGGACGGCUUCUGGAUAAUACUAAGCAGAUGUUUGUAAUGCCUGAUUUAAAGGAGAUUUAGCAUUUCUAUUUCGGGCAAGGUCUAAAUGUUUUAUCAUGGUGUGAAGAGACAUAAUUUACUUGGAAAAUCAUAGGUUUAAAUUUCAUUGUUCUGUUUUGGUGUUAUUGGAUCUUUCAAUAGUAUUGCUCGUAACUGUUCCCAUGUCUUUGAAGAUUCAUCAACCUUCAUGAAAAUAGAUGUACCAAAUUGACUGCUUGAGUUACUUUUUUGUUCCGAACAUCCUUUCAUAUAUGGUCUGGGUGGUAAUGAGCUUGGCUGUUCCAUUGCAUAGCAUAAUCAUGUCAGUACAGCUUUUGCAUGUCUCUAUGUGCUAACAAGAAGUAGUUCACCAAAAGUUUACGUAUGCAAAAGUUCACUACAAAGAAAGCCAAAUGCAGGUGUCUUGUUUUCACACAAGUGUAUGAAUGUGACUUAGUGUGGACACCGAUGACUUCCCUGGUGUCAGGUCCUACAAUUAAACUUGGAGAAGAUUGUCCUGUCUUUGAUGAUUUGUUUGAGUUUUGCCAAAUAUAUGCUGGCGGAACAAUUGAUGCUGCACGCAGAUUAAAUAAUCAGCUUUGCGACAUUGCCAUAAAUUGGGCUGGGGGAUUACACCAUGCCAAAAAGUGCGAGGCGUCUGGAUUUUGUUAUAUCAAUGACUUGGUUUUGGGCAUUUUGGAGCUUCUCAAGUAUCAUGCACGUGUUCUGUAUAUUGAUAUAGAUGUUCAUCAUGGUGAUGGUGUAGAAGAAGCCUUUUACUUCACUGACAGGGUAAUGACUGUUAGUUUUCACAAGUACGGAAAUAUGUUCUUUCCUGGAUCUGGUGAUGUUAAGGAAAUUGGUGAACGAGAAGGAAAAUUCUAUGCGAUUAAUGUCCCUUUGAAGGAUGGCAUAGACGACACGAGUUUUACUCGAUUGUUUAAAACCAUCAUCACGAAGGUUGUUGAAACAUAUCAACCAGGUGUGAUAGUUCUCCAGUGCGGGGCAGAUUCACUUGCUGGGGACCGGCUGGGCUGCUUCAACCUCUCUAUAGAUGGACAUGCAGAAUGUGUUAGGAUUGUAAAAAAAUUUAAUUUGCCUCUGCUGGUAACUGGAGGUGGAGGAUAUACCAAAGAGAAUGUUGCUCGGUGUUGGACUGUUGAAACCGGAGUUCUUUUAGACACGGAGCUUGCUAAUGAGAUCCCAGACAAUGACUAUAUCAAGUAUUUUGCUCCAGAGUGUUCGUUAAGGAUUCCAAGUGGUCAUAUUGAAAAUUUCAACAGCAAGUCCUACCUAGGCACCAUAAAGAUGCAAGUUAUGGAAAAUCUACGUUGCAUCCAACAUGCCCCAAGCGUACAAAUGCAAGAGGUUCCACCUGAUUUCUAUAUCCCUGAUUUUGAUGAAGACGAGAGGAACCCUGAUGAACGAGCAGAUCAGCACACACAAGACAAGCAAAUUCAACGUGACGAUGAAUACUACGAAGGAGACAACGACAACGAUCAUAACAUGGAGGACGUUUAGAAACUGCUGGCAUCAGUAGUUGUAUUUUGAUUUAGGGUAUAGAUAGAAUAUCAGAAGAAAGAUUAGGGUUUGAUGAUUUUAAGUCAUUUGGAAUUACAAAGAAACAAUCAAAUCCAUACAAAAUCUUGUUUUAUGUUGCUUUUUGUUAGUUGUAAAUCUACUUGCAGAUUUGUUGUCAGUAAGGAUUUUCAAUUGUAAUUGUAAAGAGAGGAUCUUUUGA